AGAGAUAAUGAUAAGCUGGUGGGUGAAUGGUUGAAUAGAUAAACAUAGUGUGGGAUCUAGUUGCUUGUUUGUUAUUACAAGCCUAUAUCGUGUCUGACAUUAAAUAUUUUUAUCCACUUUAACUCCCAAAAUCCUAAAAUCACCAAAAUUCUAAAAUCAUUCUGAUUUUGCAUUACCCAAAAUCCUCUCUCUUCCACAAACAGAAACACGAACCUGCUGCUUCGCUCUGCGCCGCGCCUUCGCCUCACCUCGCUCCGCGCCUCCGCCUUGCCUCGCCGCCUUUGCCGUUCAUCAAACUUUUUAGUCAAGCUCCCCCACUCCUCCGGCAGCGUUUUCCGGCAAUCCAGCACCGUCCUUCCUUGUUCUCAAUCGUUUAGUUUUGGUUUGAAGUAAAAUUGUGAAUUGGAUCCAUUUGUUGAGUUCAAAGUUGAAAAUAAGAGAUGGCUGGGCAAUCGGACCAUGAGCUCUCACUGUUUUCAGCCGAGGAGCUUGAGUUCAUCGCUGAGGACGAGAUUGUGGACAUCGUGCCUAAUCUCAAAAUGGAUCCACUCUGUCUCAUCUCUGGAGAUUUUGGCCCAUUUACGCCACAAAUUGUUACUCAAGUACCGCUUUGGUUGGCCAUUGCUCUCAAGAAGAGAGGCAAGUGUUCCAUUUGCCCUCCCCAAUGGAUGACUGUUGAGAAGUUGACUCAAGUGUUGGAGGUAGAGCGAGACUCUCAAGAGAUGUCGGAACAUUUGCCAUUUCAUUAUGUAGAAAUCUCAAGACUUCUUUUUGACCAUGCACGUGACAACAUCCCUGACGCAUACAUGGUGAGGUCUCUAAUUGAGGACAUCAGAGAUGUAAGGUUUCAUAAAGUUGAAACUGACUUGGAGGGAUUCAAUGGUCGUACAAUAGCCGUGAAGAUAAAAAAUUUAUCUGCAAUGGAAGUGAACAUUGUUCGCCCAUUUAUUGGAAGAGCUUUACAAGCAUUCUACAAGCAUGAUAGUUCAGAGUUGAUCCCAGACCCAGAGCGAGCUCCUGAUAGACGGCCGCAAGUUGCCCACAAUGCCCCAAGAAGGCAACUACGAAGAUAAUUGUGCAUAACUUUUUGGCAACAACACUUUUAGAUUGGUAAAUCUGUCUGGCUUCAAAGGUAUACACAUUUUUUCCUGAGAAAUACUUUGGGAGAUAUCUUCACCGUUGAUUUCAAAAUAGGUGGUACGGAUUUAGUUGAAUCUUUAGAGAGAUAUCUUCACUGCUGAUUUCAUUAUAAAAUAGGUGGUAUGAAUUUAGUUGAAUCUUCAUAGAGCAAUGUUCUUUGUAUUUUUAUGUAGUUAGUUCGGUUGGUAAUUUAAAUUAUUUAAUUCCGAACUUGUACUUCUUACAUGUAAUCAAUUCUUAUCUGAAAUUAAAAUGGUUAAGAAGUAAAUGAGUAAAUAAGCUGCUCAUUUUUAA